AGCUAACACACAACCACACAGAGCCUCGCCCCACGCCCUCAAGCCCACUCACUCCGCCAUCCGUUUCGCCUCACAAGCACCACCCCUACCCUACCCGACCCUCCCCCAUACCGCCAUGUCCGCCUACGUGUCGUCGACCCGCGUGGAGGAGCGCAUCGCGAAGCGCGCGAGCCUGAACGCCGGGAGCUGCGACGUGCCCGUUGUGGUGGAGAGCGCGCAGGGCGGCAAGGCGCACUUCAGCGUGCUGCCGCGCGACGCGACGGUUGCGCAGCUGACGAGCGCGGUGCGCCGCCUCGACGGCGUCGACGCGAGGAAGGCGGUGUCGCUUGCGGUGGCGCAGUGCGCCGUUGCGCCGACGACGACGCUUGGCGAGCUGCACGACGCGUGCAAGCAGGCGGACGACGGCAUGCUGUACGUCACCUACACCGCCGAGGCCGCCAUGGGUGCCACCGUGAACGUGUGCGGCAUGACUGCUGCAAAUAACUGCUAA